CAGACACCCACCCUGCUGUGCCUGCAGCUGGUUAAACCCUGCUGUUAGGCCUCUUCCUGUGAGGAGCUAAGCUCAGCUCAGUCAUGAAGCGGCAGUUGGAGCUAGCGGCAUUGGGCCUGGGCAUUACAGGCUGGCUGUGCGCCAUCCUCACCCGCUGCCUGCCCCUGUGGAAAGUCAGCGGCACUCUGGACAACUCCACAGCCACGCUGCCAGCAUACUGGGAUGGGGUGUGGCUGGAAUGGGACCACUGGGACCUCAACCAUGACGGUAGCCUCCACUGCUCCUUCUACCAGUCUUUGUUAUCCCUCUCUGGAAACUUCCAAACAUGGAGAAGCUUGAUCAUGGCUUCUAUAGGUGCUGGAGCUUUUGCUGUGGUCAUCAGUAUCAUUGGAGAGGUGUGGUUUCCAAAGAGGAAUCAGGUGAAAGUUGUCUCCGGUGUGGUGUUUGUGCUGUCUGGAAUAGUGCUGCUUGUCCCUGUCGCUUGGACCUGCCACCACACUAAUGAGCCACUGGAGGGCGCUGUGGUGCUGAGGAGAGACUGGGGAGCUGCUCUGUAUAUAGGAUGGAUCUCCUUCUCUCUGACGGUAGUAGGGGGAGGGUUUCUCAGUACUAGAUGCCUAAUGUUCCAGCAGCAGGAUGAGUCAGAAAGAGGGAGUUACCCUCCAGGUUAUCCUGUGGCAGAGCAAGAGCCAACCAACCCCCUGGAUACUAUCCACAGGACUGCUUUUAGACACAGCCAGUAUGCUCGGGCAACAACACGGCCUUCAUGAGAAGAUGCGAUCACUUGAGUGAGGAACCUUCCACCUAUGAAUUAUUAUUCUGUGAAAUUCUACCUAAAUUGCAUGUGUACUAGGUAUGAAUGGAUUUCUAGGUACUAUAGACAAUGUUAGAAGUCAUUCUUCUACUGCAAUGAAGCACUUUGAAAGAUGUUGAAGAAUUUAUAAUAGGGGUAAAGGAGUAGCACUACCCAUGGAGAGUUAAUUGCGCUUUCAACUGUAAUAAUUGGGUCUAAAAUGUUGUCAACUUGCUUAAUUUUUGUAUUGGUGGUGAGGGUUAAGCAUCUAAGUGUUACAUUGCCUUCAGAAAGUAUUCACACCCCUUGACUUUUUCCACAAUUUGUUGUGUUACAGCCUGAAUGAAACAAUUAUUACAUUUAGAUUUUGUGUCACUGGCCUACACACAAUGCCCCAUAUGUCAAAGUGGAAUUCAGUUUUUUAUAAAUUGAUAAGAAAUGAAAAGCUGAAACGUUUUGAGUCAAUACGUAUUCAACCUGUGUUACGGCCUAAAUAUGUUCAGAAGUACACAUUUGGUUAACAAGUCACAUGAGCUGCAUGGACUAGUGUUUAACAUGAUUUUUGAAUAACCACCUCAUCUCUGUACCCCACACAUCUCUGCACCAAUUAUUUGUAAGGGCCCUCAGUCGAGCAGUGAAUUUCAAACACAGAUUCAACCACCAAGACAAGGGAGGUUUUCCAAUGCCUAGCAAUGAAGGGCACCUAUUGGUAAAUGGCAAAAAAAUAAAGCAGACACUGAAUAUCUCUUUGAGAAUGGUGAAGUUAUGAAUUACAAUUUGGAUGGUGUAUCAAUACACACAGUCACUACAAAGAUACAGGCAUCCUUCAUAACUCAGAUUCCGUAGAGGAAAGAAACCGCUCAGGGAUUUCACGAGGGCAAUGGUGACUUUAAAACAAUUACAGUUUAAUGGCUGUGAUAGGAGAACUGCGGAUGGAUCAACAACAACUGAGGAUGGAUCAACAACAUUGUAGUUACUCCACAAUACUAACCUAAAUGACCAAGUGAAAAGAAGGAAGCCUGUACAGAAUACAAAAUAUUCCAAAACAUGCAUCCUGAUUGCAAUAAGGCACUAAAGUAAAACUGCAAAUGUAUCAAAGAAAUUAACGUUUUGUCCUGAAUUACAGCAAAUCCAACACAACACAUCACUGAGUACCACUCUUCAUAAUUUUCAAUCAUGAUGGUGGCUGCAUCAUGUUAUGGGUAUGUUUCUCAACGGCAAGGACUAGAAGUUUUUUAGGAUAAAAAGAAACGGAACAGAGCUAAGCACAGGCAAAAUCCUAGAGGAGAACCUGGUUCAGUCUGCUUUCCAACAGACACUGGGAGACAAUUUCCCCGUUCAACAGGAUAAUAACCUAAAAUACAAACCAAGUAUACUGUACACUGGAGUUGUUUGCCAAGACGAUAUGGAAUGUUUCUGAGUGGCCUAGUUACAGUUUUGACUUACAGUACCAGUCAAAGGUUUGGACACACCUACUCAUUCAAGGGUUUUUCUUUAUUUUCUACAUUGUAGAAUAAUAGUAAAGACAUCGAAACUAUGAAAUAACACAUGAAAUCACAUAGUAACCAAAAAAGUGUUAAACAAAUCAAAAUAUAUUUGAAAAUUCUUCAAAGUAGCCACCCUUUGUCUUGAUGACAGCUUUGCACACACUUGGCAUUCUCUCAACCAGCUUCAUGACGUCACCUGGAAUGCAUUUAAAUUAACAGGUGUGCCUUUUUAAAGGUUAAUUUGUGGAAUUAAUGCGUUUGAGCCAAUCAGUUGUGUUGUGACAAGGUAGGGUUGGUAUACAGAAGAUAGCUCUACUUGGCAAAAGACCAAGUUCAUGUUACAGAGUUUAAUGGCAACUCAAAUAAGCAAAGAGAAAUAACAGUCUAUCAUUAAUUUAAGACAUGAAGGUCAGUCAAUCCGAAAUGUUUCUUGAAUGUUGAAAGUUUCUUCCAAGUGCAGUCGCAAAAACCAUCAAGUGCUAUGAUGAAACUGUCUCUCAUGAGGACCGCCACAGGAAAGGAAGACCCAGAGUUACAUCUGCUGCAGAGGACAAGUUCAUUAGUUUCCAGCCUCGGAAAUCUGCAAUUAACUGCACCACAGAUUGCAGCCCAAAUAAAUACGUCAGAGUUCAAGUAACAGACACAUCUCAACAUUCAACAGUUCAGAGGAGACUGUGUGAGCCAGGCCUUCAUGGUCGAAUUGCUGCAAAGAACCACCUCUAAAGGACACCAAUAAGAAGACGAGACUUGCUUGGGCCAAGAAACAUGAGCAAUGGACAUUAGACCUGUGGAAAUCUGUCCUUUGGUCUGAUGAGUCCAAAUUGGAGAGUUUUGGUUCCAACCGCUGUGUCAUUGUGAGACGUAGAGUAGAUGAACAGAUGAUCUCCGCAUGUGUGGUUCCCACCGUGAAGUAUGGAGGAGGUGUGAUGGUGCUUUGCUGGUGACACUGUGAUUUAUUUAGAAUUCAAGGCACACUUAACCAGCAUGGCUACCACAGCAUUUUGCAGCAAUACGCCAUCCCAUCUGGUUUGCGCAUAGUGGGAUAAUCAUUUGUUUUUCAACAGGACAAUGACCCAAAACACACCUCCAGGCUGUAUAAGGGCCAUUUGACCGAGAAGGACAGUGACGGAGUGAUAUAUCAGAUGACCUGGCCUCCACAAUCACCUGACCUCAACCCAAUCGAGAUGGUUUGGGAUGAGUUGGACCGCAGUGAAAGAAAAGCAUAUGUGGGAACUCCUUCAAGACUGUUGGAAAAAUCAGUCCUUAUGAAACUGGUUGAGAGAAUUCCAAGAGUGUGCAAAGAUGUCAUGUCAAAGUGUGGCUACUUUGAAGAAUCUCAAAUAUAAAAUAUAUUUUGAUUUAACACUUUUUGGCUUACUACAUGAUUCCAUGUGUUAUUUCAUAGUUUCUGUUUUCAUUGUUAUUCUACAAUGUAGAAAAUAGUACAAAUAAAGUUAAACUCUUGAAUGAGUAGGUGUGUCCAAACUUUUGACCGGUACUGUAAAUCAGCUUGAAAAUCUAUGGCAAGACUUGAAAAUGGCUGUCUAGCAAUGAUUAACAACCAGCUUGACAGAGCAUGUAGAACUUUUUCAAUAAUAAAUGUGCAAAUAUUGUAUAAUCCAGGUGUGCUAAGCUCUUUGAGACUUAUCAAGACUCACAGCUGUAAUCGCUGCCAAAGGUGAUUCUAACAUGUAUUGACUCAGGGGUGUGAAUACUUACAUAAAUUACAUAUUUCUUUAUUUAAUUUUCAAUAAAUUUGCUAACAUUUAUAAAAACAUGUCUUCACUUUGUCAUUAUGGGGUAAUGUGUGUAGAUGGGUGAGAAAAACAAUCUACAAAAUGUGGAAUAAGUCAAAGGGUAUGAAUACUUUUGAAGGCACUGUACAAUUUCUGCACGAGUAAUGUCAGUAAUAAAUUCUUGAUAUUGCCCCUUUACCUGCAUAAACUUGGCAUAGGGCUAUUGAUUCAGUUUUUGGAGAGACAAUGCUAUAGUAAUCACAAAAAUGAAUAAAAACAAUGAAAUUAUAA